CGGAUGUUCGAAAUUUAUUGAUGUACAUUCACAACUAUAAUUCGAAGUGUCUAAAUCAGCUGUUUAAUACCGCCGUGAGUGCAAUAAAAAAUCUAUAAAGUAUACACAAACUAUCUUAACAGAUUGUGAAUAUAAAUAUAUAAAUCACCAAAAUCACUUAUUAUUAAACAAAAUGGAGCAAUUUAAAGGCGCAGCGAAAACACUUUUCAUAUGGACACAAUCAUCACUUGUACAGGCUAGUACUGAAAAAUUGAAGGAGGCAACUGGCGGUGAAAUUGUUCUAGAGAAUAUCAAUCGCUUAACUUUUGCCACUUACGGCGAAUCUACAUUCGAUCUAAUUGUAAUUGAAAACGCACAGUUGACAGAUGCUUUUGAUAAGCUGCUACGCUUACUGAAACCAAAUGGCAAACUACAUUUAGCCAGUAUUUUUGGUACACCGGAAGUAUUUCAACAAGAGCUAAAACUUUCUGGAUUUAUCAAUGUUAGCAUAAAUAAGGAUGACGGUACAUUGACUAGUCAGAAACCAAAUUACGAAACUGGCUCUGCUAUCAAGCUGUCUUUUGCUAAGAAAGAUGGCAAACCAAAAUCAGUUUGGAAAGUAAAUGGUGAUGGCGAUGAAGAGCUAAUCGAUGAAGAUGAUUUGUUGGAUGAAGAAGAUAAGAAAAAACCGGAUCCGGAAAGCCUAAGAGUUUGUGGCACCACUGGCAAACGAAAGGCUUGUAAAAAUUGUUCUUGUGGUUUGGCAGAAGAACUUGAAACCGAGGCAGCACAAAAAUCGAAGGCAGACACAGCAAAUGCUAAAUCCAGUUGUGGCAAUUGCUACUUGGGUGAUGCGUUCCGUUGUUCAACAUGUCCUUAUAUUGGCAUGCCUGCAUUUAAACCUGGCGAAAAGGUGGAGUUGGCUGGCAAUUUACUUAAAGAUGAUAUCUAAGCUAACUACGAUCUUCAAUACAAUUAACGGCAUUGAUUUUUACAUGUAUUCGUAUUUAAUAAUAUCAAGCAAACAUAAACUGUGAAUUAAUAUAGCAUAUUCGAUUUUGUGUGAUGUGAAAUCAAUUUUAAACAAACGUUAUAAUUUUUUUAUGAAAAUGAACCACUGCAACAGUUCAGAAAUAAACGCGUGUUUUCGAAAAACCAUAA